CUUCUUCUUCUCCCUUUCCAGCUCCAAUCAUCCCUCCCUGAGCAGCCCUAUAAAAAUCCCAGGAAUCCCAACUCUGAAUCAAACCAUCUAACUCGGAGCAUCCAGCAUGACAGGGAUUACACUGAUUCUUUUGUUUCUGCUCUUUCCUCUUUGUGUCACAGAGGAGCAUGUUGUUAACGAGCUGUACACCCUCAUAGAAAAAGAUCAGGGCAGCGUAGCGGAUCCUGCCCAGAACAACCAGACCAGGCUGGUGGUCAAAGAGCCCUCCCUGCCCAUCAAUGAGCUACUAGAGAAAAGCAGCAGGACGAGUGAGUCCAAACUCAACUUCCACCCUUUACCUUCUGCUGUGUGGCCAAAACACAGCAACCUCACCCCCAUCCUUCGCCACCACAACAAAAGGAAAAAGGGACACAAGAGCGACCGUUUGAUGGAGCACAACAGUGAGAAAAGCACUGGGGAGGCCGGCGGCUUGCUCCCCAAAACCCAGCUGACAGGAGCUACAAGUUUCAGCACCAAUCGCACGUCGCAGAAACACCAUCAGGACACCCAGACCAGCAUCAGCCCGCCUCAGCAGAGCGAGACAGAAGGAAACGCCAACUCCAAACCCAGAGCUCCCAGCCAAACACAGACGCUGCAAACAGCUGUUUCUCCACACAGAGAGCUCCCCAACAGGAGGCAGGACCCGGAGGAGAACCGACCAGGGAAGUCCGGCCUCUACCAGUCUGGAAUCAGUGCAGCAACCUGGAACAACAGCCGCCCACCAGUCCACUUCAACCGGCGUUCCUCCAGCCUGCUUUACCUGUUUGACGUCCUUAGACGAGAGUCCGACUACACGCAUGAUGCUUUCUGCUUGAGCGAGUGCAGGAAGGAGAAGGAUGAGAAGGAAUAUUACUGCUUCAGUGAGUUUGCUGUCAACGGGAUCAUCCACGACAUUGACAUUUUGCGUAAAGGAGUGCGGCUCGUAACACUGAUGGUCAGCAGCGACGGCUUCUACAAGAUGAGUCGUCUGUAUGUGACCCCAGAGACCUUCUUUUUUAAAGUCCGUCUGCUUGUCUUGGACACCUACAAGUGCAGCAAACCCUGUCCUGAUAUCAAGCUCGGGACCAGAUACAUCGUAAUGGGUCAGAUCUACCACCGGAGGCGACCCCUUCCCAGUGACCUCUUGACCCUGUUGGGUGGCAAACUGAAGCCUGGAGACGGACUCCUGCAAAGCAACAACUACGUGAAGAGGUUCAACAAACGAAGACACCAGAAAGCUCUGGAGGCCACGCGCUCCAGGUGCAGAUGAAGCUGCACAUAAAAUUCUGCCCCCUGCUGCAGGGGAAGAGACUUUGCAGCUGACGUCAACCAAUCCCAACUAACUCAACAAUAUUGGUCAAGAGAGAGAACCAUAACAAGACAUGGAUGUGUUGUCGAAUGGACUUUUCCCACAUAUCAUCAUAUCAGAUCUUCGUAACUAACGGAGGCGGGUUUUUUUUUUUUGGCGUAAGCAGAUGUAACCAGCAGCUGGAUGGCUCACAUCAUUUUUGGGAUAUUUGGGACUCCUACCCCUUUGCUGACUCUUCAUGCAUUCAUGUCUGGUUCAUGAAGUCCCACAUUUGAAACUCUAUCACAAUCACUCACUUUGGGGGUAAAUCUAGAGCAGUGGUUCCCAAAGCUGGGGUCGGAGCCCCGAUGUGGGUCACUAAGUAAUACACAAGGGUCUUCUGGAGUAAUUUACAAAAAUAAAUAUAAAAGUAGAAUAUUUUUCACAUAGUUGUUACAAAAACUCAACUAAAUUGUUAUAAAUAUAUUCAAGUAAACAUGAGUUGAAGUAUUUUUCUUUUUGCACGGGAUUGUUUUGCUAUUUAAACGUGUUUGUAGCGUUAAAUUAGAGAUAUCUGGGUUGCGAGUGUUGACAGUUGCUGUUUUGUGGGUCUGACACUGAGAAGUUUGGGAACCACUGAUCCAGAGCAUGCAUUUGACCAAUUUACAGAAUGGAAACAUGACAUUAUUGUCUUCACAUUUGGACUUUAGGAAAUAAAUAGCGUUUUCUUUAUUAUGACAAUGAACACUUGCAUGGGGCGUGUUUGGUUCACUGCUUGAGUCUAAAACGUAGAGCAUCUUCUAAAAGAUGUUUUACUUUUCUCCUUUUUACAGGGGUGCAAAUUCUUCUACAAUCUGUCAUAUUUCUGUAAAUAUUCCCCAAACAUGUCAUCUCGAAUGUGUCUUUGAGUCAACGACAAACCCAGAACAAGAUGGGCUUUUAAACAAUGUAUUGUAAUAAAGAAAAGAAUAUACGUUUACGGUUUGGUGGAUGAUGUCAAUGUGCGAGAGAAUUUCAAAGCAGCUGUAAAUCACCGUGAAAGAUGACGAGGAGUCGUGAGAAACAGGGAGAAGAAGUCAGAUGAGAAUGGAUCUCUAACUUUAAUUAUGUUUCCAUGAUGAAACGUGUACAGAACUUCUUAAAAACGGACAGACUGAAUGAGGAGGAACAUCUCCUUUGUGUUGUUUUUGUUGGAUUAAGCCAGGAAUCUGCUCCUUGACACACCUGGACCGUCGGAAACAUAACUUAUUCCUUAGUUAGUGCUCGCUAUUUAACCACUGAACUCUUAAUUGCUUCACUAAGUGUAACAUGAAAUAAAGAAAUGGGUUUGUA